UCUCCUCUUCGACCAUGUUCGGAGAGAGAGAGAAAAUACUUAAAAAAAAAAAAAAAAAAAAAAACGCACACUCUUAAAAAACUACCCAUCUGUCUUCGUCGUUGUAAUCACGUCUUCUGCAAAAUUGGUCUCCGAUCCGUUACUUUUCUUUACUCUCUCUAAGUCAGUCAAAGGUAUUCAUAUAAUAUCGAAGAUUCUCUUCAUUUGAUUCUUCGAUAUAUGAGUAUGUAUAUGUGUAUUUAUGUAUAAUUUCGUUCGCUGUGAUUUGAUUGUUUGAAAGAUGGGAUUGAUCGAUCGGUUACCGAAACCCUAAUUUCAUAAGAUUUUGUUGUGUUUGAACUCCUCGAUUACUCAAAUUCUGCUGAUCUGUGAGAUUUGGCGCUCUCCUGUCGUUUCGUUCGGGGGACGAUGUCGUCGCUAAGCAGAGAACUCGUUUUCCUGAUACUUCAGUUCUUGGAUGAAGAGAAAUUCAAAGAGACAGUUCACAAGUUGGAGAAAGAGUCAGGGUUUUUCUUCAAUAUGAGAUACUUUGAGGACGCUGUGACUAAUGGCGAGUGGGACGAGGUGGAGAAGUACUUAUCUGGGUUUACAAAAGUGGAGGAUAAUAGAUACUCGAUGAAGAUUUUCUUCGAGAUCCGAAAGCAGAAAUACCUUGAGGCACUAGACAAGCGAGAUCAGGGUAAGGCGGUGGAGAUUCUUGUGAAGGAUUUGAAAGUGUUCUCCACCUUCAAUGAAGACCUCUUUAAGGAAAUAACAUUCCUUCUGACUCUUGGAAAUUUCAGGGAGAAUGAGCAGCUUUCUAAAUAUGGAGAUACUCAGUCAGCAAGGGCUAUAAUGCUUGUCGAGCUCAAAAAGUUGAUUGAGGCAAAUCCCCUCUUCCGUGAUAAGCUGCAAUUUCCCACUUUAAAGAAUUCCAGGCUACGGACAUUAAUAAAUCAGAGCUUAAAUUGGCAGCACCAGCUUUGCAAGAAUCCAAAGCCUAAUCCUGACAUUAAAACCCUUUUUGUGGACCAUACUUGUGGGCAACCAAAUGGUGCUCAGGCUCCAUCCCCUAUCACUAAUCCUCUUAUGGGCUCCAUGGCUAAAGUAGGUGGCUUUCCGCCAAUUGGUGCUCAUGGUCCAUUUCAGUCCUCACCAGCCCCUCCUCUUACGGCGUCUCUUGGAGGAUGGAUGGCUAAUACAUCUUCUCUGCCACACCAGCCUGUUACUGCUGGGCCUAUAGGCUUAGCUACUCCUAACAAUGCAGCAUCUAUGCUAAAGCGUCCUAGGACUCCUACUACUAACAAUCCAGCAAUGGACUAUCAAACUGCUGAUUCUGAACAUGUGCUGAAGAGAUCAAGACCUUUUGGAAUUUCAGAGGAGGUCAGCAAUCUCCCUGUUAAUAUUUUUCCUGUUACCUAUCCUGGUCAUAGCCAUAGCCACACGUUACAUUCUUCUGAUGACUUGCCCAAGACUGUAGUUGCCAAUUUGAAUCAGGGUUCUUCUGUCAAGAGCAUGGAUUUCCAUCCACUGCAACAAACUCUACUUCUUGUUGGUACGAAUAUCGGCUAUAUCGCCUUGUGGGAGGUAGGUGGAAGGGAGAGGCUUGCUUUCAGAAAUUUCAAGGUUUGGGACCUUGGAUCACGUUCAAUGACUCUGCAGGCAUCUUUGGCUAAUGAGUAUACUGCAUCGGUUAACAGAGUGGUGUGGAGUCCCGAUGGCUCCCUUCUUGGUAUUGCGUUCUCAAAGCACAUUGUGCAGAUAUAUUCUUAUCAUGGCGGUGACGAUAUACGAAACCACCUAGAGAUUGAUGCUCAUGUUGGUUAUGUUAGUGAUCUUGCUUUCUCUCACCCAAACAAACAAUUAUGCUUCAUAACGUGUGGAGAGGACAAGGCAAUUAAGGUGUGGGAUGCUGCCACCGGUUCUAAACAGUACACUUUUGAGGGUCAUGAGGCACCUAUCUAUUCUGUGCGCCCACAUUUCAAGGAAAACAUACAGUUCAUCUUUUCAACAGCUAUUGAUGGGAAGAUUAAGGCAUGGUUAUAUGAUAAUUUGGGUUCACGAGUUGAUUAUGAUGCACCUGGUCAUUCUUGCACAACAAUGGCUUACAGUGCUGAUGGGACAAGGCUGUUUUCAUGCGGGACUAGUAAAGAUGGAGGAGAAUCAUACCUUGUGGAAUGGAAUGAGAGUGAAGGGGCUGUUAAACGGACAUACAAUGGACUUGGGAAGCGGUCUCAUGGAGUUGUGCAGUUUGAUACAACAAAAAACCGAUUUUUGGCUGUUGGUGAUGAGUUUGUAAUCAAAUUUUGGGACAUGGAUAAUGUUAGUCUCUUGACGACUGCUGAUGCAGAGGGUGGCUUAUCGGCUUCUCCUUGCAUUCGAUUCAAUAAGGAAGGAACACUCUUAGCUGUCUCAACUAGCGAGAACAGUAUUAAAAUACUUGCAAAUGCUGAUGGUGUUCGGCUUGUGCGUUCCGUUGAAAAUCGUGCACUUGACGCUUCAAAGAUUGCUUCUGGAAAUGUUGUGAAGGCCCCCACAAUUGGCACGUUUGGUGCUUCUAGUUCAGCUGCUGGAACGAGCAUUAGUGUUGCAGACAAAAGUGCACCAGCAACGGCUAUGGUUUCGCUGAAUGGGGAUGGUAGAAGUUUACAAGAUGUGAAACCUAGAAUUUCAGACGAGCUAGAAAAAUCUAAAAUCUGGAAGCUGACUGAAAUCAAUGAUCCUUCUCAACUUCGUUCCCUGAGACUUCCUGAUAGCUUAUUGUCAGUAAGGAUUAUUAGGUUGAUUUAUACUAAUUCGGGAGGUGCCAUAUUGGCAUUAGCAUAUAAUGCUGUUCACAAACUCUGGAAAUGGCAGAGGAAUGAGAAAAACUCGACGGGAAAGGCAACAGCUAGUGUGCCUCCUCAAUUAUGGCAACCUUCUAGUGGAAUAUUGAUGACCAAUGAUAUCAGUGAGACAAACCUUGAAGAUGCUGUUCCCUGUUUUGCACUUUCAAAGAAUGAUUCUUAUGUCAUGUCAGCAUCAGGAGGGAAAAUUUCCUUAUUUAAUAUGAUGACAUUCAAGACAAUGACAACAUUCAUGCCCCCACCGCCUGCAGCAACAUUCCUUGCCUUCCAUCCACAAGACAAUAACAUUAUCGCUAUUGGCAUGGAGGACUCUUCAAUACAAAUCUACAAUGUUCGGGUGGAUGAGGUCAAGAGCAAGCUAAAAGGUCAUCAGAAGAGAGUAACUGGCCUUGCAUUUUCUAAUGUUUUGAAUGUUCUUGUAUCAUCAGGAGCUGAUGCUCAGAUUUGUGUUUGGAGCACAGAUGGAUGGGAGAAACAAGCUAAUAAAUUCUUGCAGAUUCCAAGUGGCCGAGCUUUAGCACCUCUUGCACAGACCCGUGUUCAAUUUCAUCAGGAUCAGGUUCAUGUUCUGGUUGUCCAUGACACUCAGAUAGCUAUAUAUGAGGCACCGAAGCUAGAAUGCCUUAAGCAGUGGCUUCCUAGAGAGUCAACCGGUUCAAUCACAGAUGCUACCUAUUCGUGUGACGGUCAAUCAAUCUAUGCAAGCUUUGAAGAUGGGAGUGUGUGCGUCCUAACUGCUGCAACAUUGAGACUGAGAUGCCGAAUUAACCCCACUUCUUACUUACCUUCUAAUCCCAGCUCAAGGGUGUAUCCACUCGUCAUUGCUGCUCAUCCAUCUGAAAACAAUCAGUUCGCCUUGGGACUUACUGAUGGUGGAGUUCAAGUUUUUGAACCCUUGGAAUCAGAGGGAAAGUGGGGUAAUGUGCCACCACUUGAAAACGGCGCAGGGCCUAGUACCACCCCUGCUGCAGCUGGUUCAGAUCAACCAUCAAGACUUUAUUUGGGAUGUUCACGUUCAAGAAGAGUAUCGAAACUGCGAACAAGAAGAUCAAAUCCCUCUGUAUUGGCCUCAAAAGAUCUGUUGAAUCAGAAAGGAUAAGCGAAGCCAAAAACAUAGAGCUGUUGGUUAAGUUGAAUGAGUCAGAGAAGGAGAUGGAUGCUCUGAGGGUUAAAAGGAAUGCCCUAAAGGACGAACGAGAUUUUCUCCAGGAUGAGAUGGACGUUCUGAAGACUGAGAAAAAUUUCCUUCAGACCUAGAAAGAUGCUCUGAGAGUUGAAAAGGGGGACCUUCAGCGUACUCUAAUUGCUAAACGUUUGACCCAUUCCAAUUUUGAAGAGAAGUUCUUAAAUGAACGCACUGCUUUGCUGAAUGUCAUAGGCAGAGUUGAUGGUGGCAUGAAAGCUCUUCACGCUCGUUUCACUCGGAUUGGGGCUCUGAGGUAUGCUGAGGGAUAUAGAGAUGGUUUUGUUGACCGUUUUCCUCCCGAGGGUGAAUCCAGCUCUUGUGCAGGUCCAGACGAGUUAGAUGCCUCCUUGGACAUUGACUCGCCAAACGUUUGCAAGGACCCCUCCCCUGUUGCUGCUGAGAAUAUAUUUAUUGAGUGCAAUGAGAUUGCAGCUUCAGGGGUCAUCCCUCCAGUUUGGCCUCUGAGUGUUCCUCCCAUCACCACCAUCAUUCCUUCUACAUCCGUUGCCUCUGACAGGGCUUUACCAACUGAGGAGAUCAUCUAUCUUGACUCUCCCUCCAGAGAUGGUGAAGCUGCCAAUGAUGGAGAGAGGAACAGUGAGCCAACUGGUGAUGCUGGGGCAAGCAAUGGAUCUGCCAUAGGGGGGAGAAUACUGCAGAAUAACGUUCUACUAACUUUUGUAGUUAUUUCCCCUUUAUUUCAAUGUCACUUCAUGCACUUCAAGAACUCUUCUAUGAUGAAUGAAAUGAAAUGACAACUCUGUUUUGUAAAGCUCCCA